AUGAAUUCGCGACUCCUCGCAACUCCACGAGAAAUUCGAGACCUCAUCUAUGAAUAUGCACUCGUCCGCGGUUUUAUACUCGUCGAACGUGCGGCGGCUACUGUGCCCGAGGCCGAUGCAAAACGAUGUCCCGAGUUCUAUAGCCAACUCGCUAGAUCAUACCCAUUGACACGUACACGUAACCACCGCCGCGUCUGGUCUGUACCGAGAUUUGACAUUGGCAUGCCUUCGUUCAAAGGCGACCCUGAAGAUCCCCCGAGCCACGUUCGGAUGACCUACCAGCUCGCCAGACCAUGCAAUCUGCCAUUUCAAGACAGGAUCGAAAUCAAUUUGCUGCAAACAUGUCAGCAGAUAUAUCAUGAGGCGAGGAAGGUCUUCUACAGCAAGAAUGUUUUUGGUUUCAAAACGACCGAGUGCGUCCCCACCGCAUUCGCAUUCCUGUGCGAUCGGCCUGCGGACUCGCUGAGGCUCAUAUCCUCCAUGGAACUUACCCUGGGAGAGGGAACAAACCUAAGAGGCACGGCUGAAGCCCAUUACCCCGUCGUUCCUAGAUCGACAGACUCACUCGUGCUGCGGUACGCUUACAAUCACUUCACCGAUCUCUGUACCUUGCUAUCGACUUCACGCAUGCGAUUGCGGAAGCUCAGUCUAAUCAUAGACGGUUUACACCAGUUCUACAGACCUGUCAUUCCCUCGCCUGCCGACAGCAUGCUAUGGGAGGCGCAAAGGAUGGCCAGUCCCCGCCCAUGGGUGGCUUCCUGGAUCCAUCCACUGUUAAAACUGGACAAUCCCGAGUGCCUGGAGGUACACUGGAUACUUGAUCGACCAGAGAUUUGCAGAAUGGCAGACACCUUGUCUCUCAUGAGACGGCAGAUGCUUGUACGAACAGGAUAUGAGCAACAUGGCUAUUCUGAUAUUCUUCGUAAACCUAAAUUCGACUUUCGAGUCAGCUUCCGUAUCCACUAUCAGGUUGUCACACAGGAAAGAACUUCAAUCUGCUGCGAGCUAUCCAGAAAUGACUUGCUUCUUUGCGACGAUGAGGAUGACGAUGGUCGCACGAAAAAACUGCACUCGAGCGAAGAACGACUGACUAAGGCAUGGCGCCGGCAUAUCCGAAAUAUCUUCAAGGCUUCCGGUUGUUUAUAA